CCAUGUGAAAUCUCUCUCUCUCUCUAUUACAGAGAACAUUAUUUAAACGCUUGUCCGCACAAGACUUUUUCUACCACUUCCUCGUCAUUUCCCCCACAACAAAUCGAUCUGAUUUGAUAUCGAAACCCAAGAAUUAUGGGUUUCCUGUUCAAAGCCUGCUGUAGUUGGUGGAUCCUCUGUUUGUCUCUGUUUUUAUACGACUCUGCAGUUGCAAAAGCUCAAGACUUUACUUCCAUUAAUGGCACAAGUGCUCUUUCCAGUACUUACAACUCAGCAAGAAAGCUUGGAAGUAAAUGCAAUUGGUUCCAAGGAAAAUGGGUAUGGGAUUCCUCAUACCCACUGUACGAUUCCUUCAAAUGUCCCUUCAUAGAUCCACAAUUCAAUUGUCAGAAGUAUGGUCGCCCUGAUAAUAUGUACCUCAAAUACAGAUGGCAGCCCUUCUCCUGCAACCUCCCCAGGUUUAAUGGGUUGUAUUUUCUGGAGAAAUGGAGGGGGAAGAAGAUAAUGUUUGUGGGUGAUUCGCUGAGUUUCAAUCAAUGGACUUCAUUGGCUUGUAUGAUUCACGCGUGGGUUCCAAAUGCUAAGUACACCUUCGUAAGGAAAGAUGGGUUAGGGUCUGUUGUUUUUCAGGAAUAUGGAUUACAAAUACUGCUAUAUAGAACACCUUAUCUAGUUGAUAUUGUGAGUGAGAAGCAAGGAAGAGUUCUCAACCUAAAUUCAAUAAGAGGUGGCAACGCCUGGAAAGGCAUGGACAUGUUGAUCUUUAACUCCUGGCAUUGGUGGACCCACACCGGAAGAUCUCAACCAUGGGAUUAUGUACAGGAUGGGAACAAAGUGUACAAAGACAUGAAUCGUAUGAUUGCGUACUACAAAGGUUUGACUACAUGGGCUAGAUGGGUCAACCUCAAUGUUGAUCCUUCCAAAACCAGAGUCUUCUUCCAAGGCAUCUCUCCUGUUCAUUACGAGGGGAAGGACUGGAACGAGCCGUCGAAAUCGUGCGCGAAAGAGAUAAACCCUUACUUCGGGACGAGGUACCCAGCGGGGACACCAAUGGCGUGGGUAGUAGUGAACAAAGUAUUGAGUAGGAUUAAGAAACCAGUGUAUCUACUUGACAUAACAACACUCUCACAGUACAGGAAGGAUGCGCAUCCUUCAUAUUAUAGUGGUCUACACAGUGGGUUAGACUGCAGUCAUUGGUGCCUUCCUGGGUUACCAGACACUUGGAAUGUGCUUCUCUAUGGAGCUCUCUUUAGUUGAAGAUCACUAAGGAAGGUAGUAGUUUUAUGAUGUUGUACUUGUACUUGGUCAAUUUUUCCAAAGAAGAAGAACAAUAAGUUCAUUGUUUUGUCUAGACUUAGGAGAAAGAACGACUAUCAUUGCUGUUUUUAUGAUAGCUAGGUGAUUGAUUUAGUUCUUUUUUUUUUUUUGCUUCUGUAAGUUAAGGAAAUAAGAGGGUGGUUGAUGCUUUUUAACUAUUAA